AUCCGCUUCAGAGGGUCCACAGGUGCUCGCAGUUCUUCACAUAAAACUCAUGCAACUGAUCCUACCAUCUCUCCCCUUGGUAGAGUCAUAUGAGGGGAUCUAUUGAUGCGAGCUUGCAGGUUCCACAGAGAUCAAUAUCAGUCGUCUCAGAUCCCCGUGAUCAGCCAAGGAUGGAUUCCCUCAAAUGGGGAUCCCAUAUGGUGCUGCUGCUGCUGCUGCUGCUUCUUCUUCCUCCUCCUCUGCUUACUAAUCGAUACGACCAGUAACUAUAAUGCGGGGAUCCUGAGUUCGACUCUCGGCUAAGGCUUCACUUCUUUUUUUCCAUUCUCCUCCAAACUACCGUCUCAUGCUC